AUGUUCGGAUAUUUGAAGAAGGGGAGACCGGAGGUUGGUAACUUAUUGAUGGGGGAUGUGUCACAGUCUUACGAAGAUGACUUCAGGAUUGCUAUAAAAACCCUACAAGAGUUCGGAGGCAUACCAGUAACGGGUGUUAUAGAUCACGCGACGAAAGAAUUGAUGAAGAAGAAACGAUGCGGCCGACCUGACAGAGAACCUGGAGAAGAAAACGGAACCAGGAGGAAGAGAUUCGCGGUCCAGGGAGAGAAGUGGAAACACACUAACUUAACAUGGAGUUGGAUGAUGGCUACAUUCCGCCCCCCGCCGUGCAGCGGCGCUGUCAUCGCCAUUCAGACGACACUACGGCAUUAUACCGAGCAAUGA